UGGAUGGGAGCGAGAGAGAUGGAAUGUGAGAAAGAGAGAGCGAGAGACAGGAAGUUCACACAUCUGAUUACUUUUCUCUGGCCACUUCACCCAAGUGACACAAUGACUUAUGGCUGGAGUUUCAACACUUAGAUACACAGACGCACUCACACACUCACACACUCACAGGAAAGACGGAGAAGAUCGUCUGUAAACUAAAGACACACAGUUUAGAACUAUGAACCUCCACGCUUUGUUCAACCACUGAAGCUAAACAUGCUGGACAGCUACUUCUGAAGCAUCUCAACUCAUAGAAUGACACCAAACGCCACCAUUCCGUUUGCCCUCGUCACCUCAGCCGCCCGAGAUGACGAAGCCAAGGUGGUGGACAUCGAUGCCAUCAUGAACAAAUUAAACAUUGUCCUUCUCACGCUGACCAUUGUCCUGGGCACCACGGGCAACUCUGUAGUCAUCUGGGUGGCAGGCUUCAAGCUCAAGCCCACCAUCACCAAUGUGUGGCUGGUCAACCUGGCCGUGGCCGACCUCAUCUUCUGCCUGAGCCGUGUGCUCUCGCUGACCAAGAAGCUCUUCUUCGACUACUGGCCGUUCGGCAUCUUCUUAUGCAAGUUCAACGGCUUCUUCAGGUAUGCCAACAUGUUCUGCAGUGUGUUCCUGCUCGCCGUAAUCAGCAUGGACCGGACGCUCUGCAUCUGGCACCCCGUCUUUACCAAACGCCGUAGGACGAUCUGCUCCGCCCGCCUGGUGAGUGCCGGCGUGUGGGCUGUAGCGGCCAUUUUGAGCGCCCCCCACUUCGCCUACCGCCAGGUUUACCUCGGCAAGAAUAACCUGAGCAAGUGCUCUCUGGAGGACAAUGAGCCAAAAGGCGAUAACAGCGCUAAGCUAGCGCUCUACCUAAUGCGCUUCCUAUGCGGUUUCCUGCUUCCUUUCCUCAUCAUCCUCUGCUGCUACAUCCUGGCAGGGCUAGGCAUCAGACGCACCCGCCUGUUGGGCAAGUCACGUCCACUCCGUAUCUUGGUUUCGCUGGUCUGUGCUUUCUUCCUGUGCUGGGCGCCCUACCACUGCCUCCUACUGGCAAAGAUGGUGAACAGCAACAGUACGUUGGUGACGGGGGGGCUGACAGUGGCCACAGCCUUUACCUACUUCAACAGUUGUGUGAACCCGCUGCUGUACUUCUGUAUGGGGUUGGACAUGAGAGGGUCGAGGUUCAGGCAGACCUUAGUGGGGGUGUACCGGAGAGCACUAGCCGAUGACAGAGAUGGUCGAAACACACAGUCCAACGAGCGAACAGUGCAUAAUAGUUCUGGUUCUGCGUCACAACCUGCACUGAGUCUCAAGUGAAUGUGGCCCACGUCUGAGAGAAGUCACAUUUGGUAUGAGGAGUGGUUUCAGUCCUUAUUAGCUCACAGGCUAGUAAACACUGAAUAGGUUUUCCCAACUUGUGUAGACACACAUAUUUCAGAGUUUUUAUCAUUUGGGAUACAUAUAGACAUAGUGCCACUGGUGAAUUUGUCAUAUUGCUAACACCUCAUUCACUCUCAUUGAUGAUACAAAGAGGGGAAAAUAAAAAGUUGAGAGAAAAUAGAAAGAAAGGUGAAAGGGAGUCAGAAGAAGAGGAUGUGAUCUGGACAACUUGACUUGAGGAAGCGUGGUGGUUGCUUGUUUCUCUUUUUGUCACCACAUUGCUCCUCCUAGACAGACGGUUUCCAUCAUGUCUCAGUCACAAAGCUGGUCUCUCCUUCAGACUAACUGUAUCAGAGAUGAACACAGAGGCUUAGCUGAAGCUCUCUGGUUGCCAGUUCAGAUAAAACCGUGUGGUCACGUUUCCACUUAAUAUGCAAUGUCACACUCACAGCGGAAGAGAAAUGAAAACCACAAUUCAGUUCACUUUCCGUCUCUUUCUCGCUCUCUCCCUCCUUCUCCUUUCUCUGAUUAUAUUUUUCAGGACUCCUGUACUAAAAUAUAAGGUAUGAAAGAGACAAUUCAGCUGACAUCUAUUUAUCUUUUGAUAAAAAUUCUCAACUGUUUUCCUGUAAUGAACACACAGCUCAUAAAGAAAGUGGAACUGUGCCUAGAUA